CAUUUUUAUGAUUUUUAAACUUUGUACACCUUUUAUUAAUCAUUUUCAGGUAGUUUUUAAAAGGUGGUAGGAUUUGUUGAAAUUCGUCGCAAUUCCUAAAUGGCGGUUUUGUACUGUUCGUGUUAUUUUUCGAAACACCUGACAGAAAAAUCGUUGAGUAUCCGUACGUGACCGGAUUCGAACGUUAAAACGGUCAUUUUUAUGUGCACUGAAUCCUGUUGACCUUGGGAUAAAAUUCAAACGUCAGUCACAAAAAAUACGAAUUAACCUAAAAAUAAAGAUGUCAGACGAAGACAUUGAAUUGGGAACUCUGAUCGGACAAACGUUGGAAUCAAAUGGAUGUCUCGCAAAAAUCAAGGCUCAGCUUCGGGCAAGCGUAUUCUUGGCGCUGGACGAAGAUAUGAAGGUCAGCGAAUCGCAGCCCUUACUCAACAACAAAGUGAAAACAUACCUGAACACUACAGAUGGACAAACAAUGUUUUGUAUUGUCCGGGAAUUUCUAGAAUAUUUUAAUUUAUUGUACACAAUAUCUGUUUACGAACCGGAAUCAUACUUGGGCUCAGCUUAUGAUUACAACAAGCAAAAAUUACUGGCUGAUUUGGGCCUGAAUGAAAAUUCAACAGUUCCUAUUUUGCUUCAAUUGAUCAGAAUUGCUCAAAACAAAAACAAAAAUAUUGAAAUCAACCUUAAUUUAAAUGGCAAUGAAUUUGAGGAAAGUGUUAAGACUGAAAUUAAUACAGAAUCUUCAAAAUCAAUAAGUAAGAAUGUUAGUCCAAACACUACUUUUAAUAUGAGUGGGGCUCAAAAUCAGAGCAAUGUUGAGAAUAAAACUUUUGAUUUAAGUCAUCCUUCUGUUCCACUUUCAAAUCAUAAGAAAGAAGAAACUACUAGAGAAAAUCAUGAUUCAUAUGAAGAGACUUUUGAUUACAGUAAUUCUGUUCCUCUUUCAAACCAUGUUGACAAUAGAGGGGAAAAACUCCAAACAGUGCAAGAAAUCACUAAAGAAAAUGAUGAUACAUAUGAAGAGACUAGCUCAAUUGGGGAAGACAGUGUAAACUCCAGCAAAAGUCCAAAAAUCACAAAUGGAAAGUCUGAUAAAUUGAAACUCUCUAAGGCAAGGAGUAGCUUGAACUCAUUAAGUGAUUUGCCACCUUUGUCAGUGAACAAAACCAGAAUGGGUGAUAUAAUUCCAUCCUUACACAAUAACAAAUAUUAUAAAGAAAGAGAACUGGAUAAAUUGUUCAAUAUGGAUGCAGAGUAUGAAGAGGAUUUUAUGUGUGGUGAUUUAAGUUUGUCUGAUGCAAGCCAUAAAGUUGAAUCUCAAGUGGAUAAAAGUUUUAAAAAUACUGAAGUUAAAUCAGACUCUGAACAUAGUACAACUAAAUCAAUAAGUGAAAAUCUAGAUUAUAUUUCUAAUGCAACAGAUUGAAGUGCCUUUUACUGGAUCUGAUUUCUCAAAUACAAAUUUUACAGAAUACAUUUAACCUUGGAUAUUGUUCUACCUCAUAGUGUGGCCUUCAAAUAGAAAUUUUCAUUGUCAAUUUUUAAGGAAAUAUCAGAUUCAGAAUGGAAUAAAGCAGCUCACUUUAGUACCAUUACAAUUCUAGUGUAUAACAAACAUUAGGUGGGUCAAUUUCAAAUUGAUAUAAAAUGUAAAAUAAUUGAGAUUAUAAUAAGAUUUUUCGUCAGGAAA